CCUGGCAGGAAGUAGCAGCCUUUAUUCAGGGAGUCCUCGCCAUCGGGGUUUGCUCGGCUCAUGUGGUAUAUACAUGCAUCGAAAAGUAUAGCAUAUGACAAUAAGCAACAUGCAUGCAUGCAUUGGCUUUGCUUUUCUUCCCUUCUGUGUUUCAUCAAUGGACUAUCUCGGCACGUACUGAAUGCCUUCGAUCAGCCGAACAAGGGACAGGAAUGAGUCUAAGCUUUUUGAUUGAACUUCAAGUGUGCAUUUUCGGGCCAGGAACCCUUUGUUGCUUUUGCCUCGUUCAGUACAGCCUUCUCCGCUAUCAUUUGAACUCACAGGUUAAGGGCUCGAUGAUCACGACAAACCCUCCUCUCCCGAGUAAUCUCCUCAAAAUCCCUCAAGUGUGACCGUUUUUAGCACUAGUGGUCUGUCAAAGCAUUACUCAGACACAGGUCAGCCGUGCGUAGCUCGGAGGUUCUAGAUCUCUGCCCGGCUUGCCCCUCACGAGGGAAUCUUGGCCUGCAGGUCGGCAAAGCUUGUCUAGAAGUCACCUGAUUUAGU